GAGAGAGAGGAGAGAGGGGCAGGAAAAAAGAGAAAGGACGACGUCAGAUGGUAGUGGGAUGGCUUUGUGUGAGGGAGAAGUAGAGAGAAUAACGAACUAAAGAAAGGAGACGCAGUGAAUGAGUUUCGUAUAGAAUCAGUGGAUCAGUGUGUCACACCAAGGAAGAGCCUCUCCCUUGACGCCUGCGAAGUUUCUACGAUUCCUCAUUCGGUGUGUUUUUCCAUUGGCACCAUGGCUGAGGGAAGCUGUUUUGGGGCAUUGUAGCUGUGUGGGACAAUCAAACUGACCUCUGCCCAAAGAAAGAAGAGAGGGAAGCGAGGAAGAAAGAGUGGGAACUCUGAAGAGAGAAAACAUUUACUCAGAGAGGAUAAGAUCAACACCCAUCUGGAUCUGGACAGGGAACUGUGAUCCGGCAACAGACUUAAUCAGACUAUUCUCUUUUUCCGGAAAAGAAUUUCAACUUUCCAGUACUCUCUCACUCGGAGGAGCUUUAUUUCUUGGUUAAACUUCUUGGUUGGGGUUGACACCACCUCAGAGAGAGUCACCACCAUGUGCCAUGUGAUUGUAACGUGUCGCUCCAUGCUCUGGACCCUGCUCAGCAUCGUCGUGGCCUUCGCUGAGCUCAUUGCCUUCAUGAGCCCCGAUUGGCUGUUGGGAUUACCUCGGUCAGACUCCAGUGUAAGCGGGGUGGGAGUGGACUCUGGGGAGUACCGGCCGUCCCUUGGCCUUUACAGCCGCUGCCUUCGUGUCGGGAGCCGGGGAGGAGGCGUGACCUGCGGGCCGUACGCUGGGACAUUCGGAGAGGUGGCCAGUGGCUUCUGGCAGGCCGCCAUGCUGUUUCUGGCAGCAGGGACGUUAGUGCUAGGUGGCGUGGCUUGCAUCUCCAUCUUCAGCCUGUGCUUCCAGAGUAUCCUGAAGAAGAGCAUCUUCAACAUCUGUGGGCUGCUUCAGGCUAUUGCAGGCCUGUUGCUGAUGGUGGGCCUCAUGCUGUACCCCGCUGGUUGGGGUUCAGAGAAGGUGAUCAGCUACUGCGGCCCCGAGGCCUCUCCCUACAGGCCAGCUCAGUGCUCUCUUGGCUGGGCCUUUUACGCCGCAAUAGGUGGAACGCUGGCAGCCUUCCUGUGCGCCGUUUUCUCUGCGCAGGCUGAGAUCGCCACCUCCAGCGAUAAGGUUCAAGAGGAGAUUGAGGAGGGAAAGAGCCUGAUCUGCCUGCUCUGAGGCGUCGGGAACCUCAGGAAACACAGCAAACUCGUCCUUGGCCCGAUUUCUCUCACAGCAGAAGACUGCACGUUUCCUUGGAAGGAGGAGGAGGGAUGUUUCAGUGAAUGAUUUUCUUCAUGUUAGCCUAAAAGCAGCUGAUUGUUAAAAGAUAGAAACCUUGGCCAUAGUUUUUUUUUUUUUUUCUUGAGGCUUGUUUACAGAGACUCUUGCAUAGCCUCCCUCACGCUGUCUUAAGCACAGUAUUCCAGCCAGAAAACCACUGUGCAAGUCAAAAGAAAGAAUUCUCAUUUGUCCCCUAAUGCAACUUCCAAGGACACUGUUUAUAUUUUAUAAUGAUUCCUGCCUUAAUCCAACCACUGUACCGGAGUGGAGAGAGGUUAGUUUAUGAUGUGGAUAUGGAUAUAUCAUUAGUGCCAUUACGGACAGACUGAGCGCUGACAUUCAAACACUGCGCAAGCUUGUAUAAUGACAUUUCUUGAUUCACAUGGUUCACCUGCAAACCUCCUCAACCCACUCUGAAUACUAGCAGAUGUGUCAACUGAAGCAACAGCGUGUAUGUGUUUGUGCGUAUGUGUGCGUAUGUGGUGCUCACCAUUAACCUUUGAGGUUUUUAAGUGCCCAGAUGUUCUGAUUCUGUGGCACAGCAGGGCAGUAAAUCUCUCUUUAGCUCACUUCAGAUCUGCCAGUUAAGGAAUUGUUCACUUCAAAGGGAGUUCCUCCUGUUAGGAUUAUUUGUGGGUCUAUUGCAGCUUAAAUAACUGGUGAAAUGUGUUCAGAAAAAUAACAAAGACUUGCCAUAGGUUUUACUGUGGCGAGCUUUCAUGUGAGGAUGUUUGCUCACAGUGAGAUAAAGCAGGCUGACCCAUAGUUACCGAAUGAGCUAACCUUACUGCAUGCAGAGAGUCAAACAAACAAGGAGAUCGGUCUUUGUGGUGAGCAGCGUACUGAUCAUGCAGCUCUAAAAGAAACAGCUUUGUAAAAGUCUGAGGCACACUGAAGUGGUGAAUUAUAAUACUAUUUCAUGGGGAGGAUAAAUACACAAAAAAAAAACACAAAUGCAUUUUAGCUUGCAGGGAGUCUUUGUCAGUGUCCACACCUCAGUGUAGCUUGGACGUUUUUACAAGGUCCUCUUCUCGAAAGCUCUGCGGUUAGUAAGCUAAUUCUUUGUUUGUUUGGUUCUUCGGGACUAUUUCCCAUUCCAAAGAGCACCUGAUUUUGUUUUUGCACUUGGUAGUGCUCUCCUUCAUUCAUUUCUUCUGUAUUUCAUUUGUUCAAACAUGCUAUAGUAGUCGCUGUAAAUGUAACAUGAUUCUUGUGGUAGCUUUUGUUCAUUGUAGAUGAGAUGUGCAAUAAUUCAACUAUGGUGUGUUUGCUGCAGAAGUGAGCUGUGUGUGCCUGUGAGGAUGCGACUGAAGUGAAACAUGGACUCGUACCACCUAGCAUUUCUAAUCUGUCUGUGCUUUAAAUUAACACUGCCCACUGUUUUUGUUAUAUUAACAAAAGAGCAUUUGUGGCACAUUCUAUGAUCCUGCAUGUAUGUGAAAGGUUGAUUUGUGUGAGGAGAGAAACUCAGCCUGUAUUCUGUACUCAUGGACAAAUAAACCUUGCCUUCUUCAGUA